AUGUGUAUAAAUACUGGCACUUGGACACCGUUUCAAACUUUGUGGCCCCGGGAUUCAAAUUCACGAAGUAAACAAAUGACUUCCUUGGCCGAUGAUAAAGAAGUGAGGACAAAGGAAGAAGUUGAGGAUAUCACCACUGAGGAUGAGCCCGAAAUAUCAGAAGAACACAAACAGUAUCUCAUUGCCAAACAUGGAACCUACAAUUUGGUCCCAUUGCCAUCAAUGAACGAUGAUGACCCGUUGAACUGGUCGAACGGAAUGAAGCAUUUGCAGUUGGGUAUGGUUGCUUUUCAUGGGUUUAUGACUACAUUUUUAACUACCGGUAUGGUGCCAGUUGCCGGAGUGUACUCGGAGAAGUAUAAUAUGCCAACUUCACGUAUUGCCUACUUGAUAUCUGUUCAGAUUUUACUAGUGGGGGUGUUUCCCCUAAUAUGGGUACCCUUGAUGGAACGGUAUGGGAAACGUUUAUUAUUAAUUAUUUCCACACUUGGAACCAUGUGUUUUUCAUUAGGAAGCGUGUUUAGUAACACUUAUGGCACUAUGAUGGCAAUGAGGGUGCUACAAGCAGUAUUGAUCUCCCCUGGUAUAGCGGUUGGCGGUUCAAUUGUGAAUGAAACAACUUUCAGCCACCAAAGAGGUUCCAGGAGUGGUGUUUGGGCCAUUUCGGUUAAUUUAGGUACAAUGGUGGGUGCCUUUUUGAUGGGGUUUGUGGCACAGUACCAAGACGCCAAAUACAUUCAUGUGGUGUUUACCUUGAUCAAUUUUGGACAGGCCGUUUGUUAUUUCUUCUUUGGCAAAGAGUCCCUGUAUAACCAUAAUGAUUUGUCUAGAAACGAAUCGAAUCGGUUCAAACAAUUACGAUUCAAGGCUAUUUUUCCCGAAAAUCACAUUACAAUACAGAAGAUAAUCUAUCCAGGAAUCUUCUUUUCCAACUUGAGAAUUUUCAUUCCAACUUUUGCCUACUCCGUUUGUUUUCUCCAAGCCAAUAUUGCUUUGAAUAUUGAAAUCCCCGAGGUUAUGGUUGGAAAAUUUGCGUUAGGUCCACAAGCAUUGGGAUUGCAGUUCCUUUCUUUCAUAAUUGGUACCGCAAUUGGUGAAGUUGGAGGAUACAUGUCGGACAAGCUAGUUGCCUGGGGUCAGGGAAGAGGUAGAGGACCAUCAUUCAGGUUAUGGUUGACAUAUCCGGGGUUCGCUGCUUGUAUUAUUGGGUUAGUUGUGUUUGGCGUUCAAAUUGAUGCAGCCAACACAUGGAAUGUGACACCUUUAAUCGGUUGUGCUUUAGCUGCAUUUGGUUUGCAAAUAAUGACUUCACCAAUUAUUGCUUAUUGUAUUGAUAUGGAUCAUAAACAAGCGGGAGCAAUCGUCUUAUUUAUUACUGCUGUUAGACAAACGCUUGCUUUUAUUGGUCCGUUCUAUUUCCCAGUCAUGUAUUCGAAUUUGGGAUUCACUGUUUCCUAUGGCAUAAUGGCUGCUCUUAUUGGUGGAUUAUCCUUUAUCCCUACGUUGGUUUUACAUAUUACGGCUGCAAGAAAUGGAAAGUAA